UUAAAACCCCUUGAAGCUCAACCAUAUUCCCCACUCGGGAGUCCGGAGCUGCCCCCAUAACCAACCACGAGCAAAAAACCAAAGAGCCAUCGUGCGUGCCUAUUACAACGCCCCGACGCGGCUGGGUUGGUUAGUUGUUGCCCGGCCCCGUACCCCCACCACACCAAAUCCACCGGGGACGCCGGCGGGCGGCACGGCCAUGGCCACCGCGCCGGGCGUCCGCACGGUGGCCGCCGUCUUCGGGCUGCUGCUCCUCGCCUUCGCGCUCUCCUCCACCGUCAUCUACCUCGCCUCCCCGGCCCGCGCCGCCUCCCCCAGCAGCAUCCUCCUCAACCUCCGCCCCUUCGCCGCCCGCUGCCCGCCCGCCGCGCCGCUCCGCGUCUUCAUGUACGACCUCCCCCCGCGCUUCCACGUCGCCAUGAUGGCCUCCUCCAGGAACGGCGGCGGAGGCGGCGGCGCCGAGGGGAACUCCACCGCGUUCCCCGCGUGGCCGCCCUCCGCGGGCGGGAUCAGGCGGCAGCACAGCGUGGAGUACUGGAUGAUGGCGUCCCUGCAGCAGCAGCAGCAGCGGCAGGGAGGAGGGGCGGCGGAGGCCGUCCGCGUGCGGGAUCCGGACGCCGCCGAGGCCUUCUUCGUGCCCUUCUUCUCCUCGCUCAGCUUCAACGUGCACGGCCGCAACAUGACCGAUCCCGACACCGAGGCCGACCGCCUCCUUCAGGUGGAACUUAUGGACAUUCUAUGGAAGUCUAAAUAUUGGCAACGAUCUGCGGGACGUGAUCAUGUGAUUCCGAUGCAUCACCCAAAUGCUUUUAGAUUUCUGCGAGAUAUGGUGAAUGCGUCUGUUCUUGUAGUUUCAGACUUUGGGAGAUACACAAAGGAACUGGCUUCCUUGAGGAAAGAUGUUGUAGCACCAUAUGUCCAUGUUGUAGAUUCCUUCCUUAACGACGAUGCAUCUGAUCCAUUUGAGGCUCGCCCUACACUGCUUUUCUUUCGGGGGCGUACAGUCAGGAAAGAUGAAGGGAAAAUCCGUGGAAAACUCGCGAAGUUAUUAAAGGGCAAAGAUGGUGUGCGCUUUGAAAAUAGUCUUGCCACAGGUGACGGCAUUAAAAUCUCUACAGAUGGCAUGCGAUCAUCAAAGUUUUGCCUCCAUCCUGCCGGGGAUACUCCUUCGUCAUGCCGGCUGUUUGAUGCCAUUGUCAGUCAUUGCAUUCCUGUGAUUAUCAGCAGCAGGAUCGAGCUCCCUUUUGAGGAUGAGAUUGAUUACAGCGAGUUCUCACUUUUCUUCUCAGUUGAAGAGGCUCUAGAACCUGAUUACUUGCUCAACCAGCUCAGACAGAUGCCUAAAGAGAAGUGGGUUGAGAUGUGGUCAAAGCUGAAAAACGUCUCUAGUCACUAUGAAUUCCAGUAUCCCCCCAGGAAGGAUGAUGCGGUGGACUUGAUAUGGCGGCAGGUGAGGCACAAAAUCCCCGCAGUUAAUCUUGCGAUUCACAGGAGUAGGAGAUUAAAAGUCCCAGACUGGUGGUGAGGAUUUGGUGAAUCGUGUACAUAUUAUCAUAUUGAUGGCGAACCGGCAUCAUUCAUAUGGUUCACGACGAAGCCAUGGCGGUCAUUCCUUGUGCACCAUGACACUGGAUCCAGGAAGAUGUUCUAACAGGCACUAACAUUUUUGCCCCUUUUCGUUGAUCUUACGACACUGUAACCAUUACCCCCCUUGAGGUCAUGAUAUAGUGAGAACGUGUAGUUAUGCUACAGAGCAGGCUUGCCUUGGCAGAAGCAUGUGCAUUAGAAAACACACUUACAAACAUGUGUACCAAUAGACUGGAUGUUGCAAUGUAUUCAAGUAGAUAUAAUUUUUCUUACUACUUCUUGAGCCCUUUAACAGCCAAGGUAUCUUUUUUUGUUGUUGGUUGUUUUUGAGAUAGCUAACCACUCAUUUCAAGUGGUAACAGCCAAGGUAUCUUUUGAUA